AUGUCUAGCACUACUACCAAGGUUUACACAUUCGAUGAGAUUUCAAAGCACAACACCAAAGAUGACCUUUGGAUGGUGAUUGACGGUAAAGUUUAUGACUGUACAGCCUUCCUGGAUGAGCAUCCAGGUGGUGAAGAAGUUAUGACCGACUGUGGUGGUAUCGACGCUACCGGUCCAUUCGAUGAUAUUGGCCACUCUGAAGAGGCAAGAGAGAUGCUCGAGCCAAUGUUGAUUGGUGUAGUUGACGGU